AAAAGGUGGGAAAUGGGGAUAAUAUGUCCUCUUUAACAAAGCUGACAUCUGUAUCAGCUAAUCAAGAGUUAAAUUUCACAUCUUUAUGGAAAUGUCAGAUUUGCAGAGUGCAGCCUCGAGCAGGCAGUCUGCCAGUUGUUGAUAUUAAAAACCAAAAGCAGAAGUUUAAAACGAGGCCUCUCGAUUCAGAAACAACCUGCAGGAGGAGGACAUGUGCGGUCUUUAGGUCACGUAUUUACACUUCUUCAGCGAAAGAAAGCGUUUGAAAUACUUCUGAUGAGGGCAAAUAUUGGUAACUUAAAUUCUCUAUAACUCACAAUGACGCAGAGGAACGCAUUUCCUGCCAAAUGUCUGAGAUAAUCAGUGAGUUGCUUCACACGGUGGAGCAGGAAGGGUUUAAAAAUCGUGUAAUAACUCAGAUUUCUACAAGCUGGCAACUCCAAAAACAGUCAGCAAAGUCAUAAACCUGAAAUGAUUUUUUUAGUACAUCACUUUUACAACAUUAUCUCUGACAUACUUCCAUAUUUAUGCCCAUGUUUGAGAGAGUUUAAUUACUGCAUGUAUUGCCCCUCCGUGUAAAUGAGAGGAGGAAUCUUCAGACUUAGGACUUUGAGUUUUUAUUGAUCUUAAAGCGUCAUCGGGAUCCUGAUAAGCUCUCAAAUCUGCUGUCACUAAGUCCGCCAGAGCUGAGAAAACUACAAUUCUACAAAUCCACAAAUCUCAAACCUCUUAAAAAAACAGGCCAGUUUAAAAGUGCUUCACAGAUGGGAAGCUGCAGCCGGGACUCGCCAUCCUCCCUCAGGAGACAACGAUAUGUCAGCUGGUAUGUGGACCCUGCAGAGACAGGUUCUUCAGGAGAAAUUCCUCUCCAAAACCAUCUUAUGGCUUUUUCAGGAUCAGUCCCACGUCUCCUCCUGACUCCAGCAGACACCAGAGAAGUGUCUCCACAUCAACACACACACCUGACUGUCACAAAGAGGACACACAAAGCGGCCUUCACACUCUCACACCACUCUAUGGUGGACUCUGACUUGCUCGACAUUGACCGAUCGUCUAAUAGUCACUCUGAUGAUGAAGGAAUGAAAGGACACAAGGAUGACUCGUCUCCUCGGCAUCCAGCGGACCAAAGUGUCCUACUCCUCCUCCGCAGGAGCAGUCCGGUCAUCUCCAGACGACAACGACCUGUCUCCUGGCAAGGAGGAGGCACAGAUAGCUUCAAUCCAUCGAGCCCGGACUCUCUGGAUAAGCGUCAGCCCGCGUCGGUCACCACUUUGGAUGAUCUGGAUCUUCACUCGUCCUCACGCUGUGUUUCUGUCUCAUCAAACCUGAGCGAUGAACCUCGCCUUCGUUUCAGUGGACAGCAGGGAUUGGCUGAGGAGCACAGAGGGCGGGGCCUCCUCAGAUGUCAACCCCCUCACUCAUCAGCCCAUGUCAGCAGACAGAGAAGGAGCCGUGGUAUCCCAGAAUUCUCUGCAGACCUCUUAAAGACCCACACUGAGCUGGAGAAGGAGAAUGCUCAUUUCAUCGUAGUGGACAUGGUGCUGGAGGUGCUGGAGGGAGCGAAGUGGACUUUAAUGAUGGACACACACCAGAACACACAACAACACAAACAGUGUCCGACCUGCACACAACAACACACACAGUAUCAGAUCUGCACACAACAACACACAAGCUCUUCAGAGGAUGAAACACCUCUCGAGCAGACAAAGAGCUCACACCACAGAAACACUGUUCGAGAGAUUCUCGCGCACACACACUCCGAUAAAAACAUGCAGACAUCCCAUAGAAACACACACUCCUCCUAUGCACACACACACAAACACACACAGGAGGAAGAGGAGGGAGCGGCGUAUGAAGAGGCUAAACAUCAACCAAAGACUUUCUCCGUCCUCUCCAAUGACAGCGGCUUUGAAGACUGUGGAGCUGACUCUCUGACCACACAAAGAGAUUCUCUCAGAAAUGCACAGGCUCUGGCUCAGCAGCUGGUGCUGGAGUUCAGGAGGAGCUGGCUUCCUUCAGACGGUCCCAGGCGUGGACGGCAGAGCCUGCGAAGCUCCCUGCUGGAGUUACCUGGUGGAGAAUGUGUGACGGUGGUCAGCAGCGGCCUGACGGAGGAGAUCAGACUGAGGACGAGGAUGAGAGGAUGUCUGAGCUGGGCUCCACCUCGAGUCCAGAUCAUCUACACGGUGCAGCCGAACCACAGACGCAGUGACGUUGUCGCUCAGCAGAACUUUCUUUGUGCGGGUUGUGGAACAGAAUUAGAGCACAAGUACAUAAAGAAACUGCGGUACUGUGAAUACCUGGGCAGGUACUUCUGUGACUGCUGCCACAGCGGCUCUGAGGCUGUGAUUCCUGCUCGGGUUCUGACCCACUGGGACUUCAGCAGGUUCCCUGUGAGUGAUUUCUCCAAACAGCUGCUGGACUCAGUUUGGUUUCAACCGCUGUUCGAUGUGAGCUGCGUGGGUAAAAAACUCAACGGCCGAGUGAAGGAGCUCCGCAGGUUCAGGGAGCUCCAGGAUCAGCUGCUUUGCAUCAAGAAGCUGCUGACGGCCUGCAGAUUAUCCAAACGGGUGAUGACAGAGUUUGAACAGCUUCCUGCCCACCUGACUGAGCAGCCUCACCUGUUCUCCAUGGACGACCUGCUGAGAGUGAAGAAGGGUCAGCUUGUGUCUCAGGCACAGGCCGUGCUGAACUCUGCCAUCGGUCAUGUAGAAAACUGUCAGCUGUGUCUGGCCCGAGGUUUCGUCUGUGAGUUCUGCAGAGAAAAAGAUGUCAUCUUCCCUUUUCAGACCGACAUGUGUAGGCGCUGUCCAGUGUGCAGGGCCUGCUUUCACAAACGUUGUUUUGUGGAGAAGAAGUGUCCAAAAUGCGCUCGGAUCCAAUCACGGAAAAAACGUCCGGACAGAUAGAUGAAGAGUGACCUAUAAGCAGCUGCAGCAGUUGCACCUUCAUCAUUACACGGACCACAAAUUCAGUAUUGUAUUUUGGCCUCACGGGAGCCCAGCUGCAGGAUCUGAAGAGGCAGAGGCCUUUGGGCGAGAAUACAGUGAACUCUCAAACUCUGGUUUAAAUCUUAUCUCUCUGGGAGGGAUGUUGCCUGUGGGGUUCCUCAAGGAUCACUUCUUGGCCCAUACCUCUUUACCCCCUCGGCCACGUCAUCAGCCGGCAUCGAAUUCUAGCUAUGCUGAUGACACUCAACUAUACAUCAAACCUAUGCCCCAUCCAUGCGCCCACACUACCUCAAGGACCUACUCACCCAUUAAACUGCCACAAGAAUCCACCAACACCAACUGUCUCCAUCUUCCCAGGCCUUAGCUGCAAACUAUGGGGGACUAGGUAUUCUACUCCGACUCUUCACAGCUGCCCUAUCUGGACCACCUGAGGGCACCACAGACAUUUGAGACAUAAAAAAAAGGACCUUCUAAAAAAAAGCUUUUACGUUGUUCUGCCUGCUCCUACUUGUUUUUAUGCUCAAGCUCCUAGACUACUACUGGUCCCUUUUUGACGAUUUUAUUAUUUAUACAUCUUAAUGCUUCUCUUCUUGUUUUUCUACUCUCGAUGUUUCUAAACGUCUGCCUGAUCUUCCUUGAAUCAGCAGGUGACGCCGUUCCCACAGGUGUGAUUUGUUUAGUUUUUCUUACAUUUUAUUUUACCGUAUUAUGCUCCUGUCACAAGGUCACAAGGUUACAGAUUCAAUGAAAUGGAAUAAAACGGCAUAUUGGCAGUUAACAUGACGCGAAGAUUUUCUGUUUUCUAAAGUUUGCACUCUGAACAUAUUCUCAAACCUUUUUGUUUUCAGGCACCCAAAACGUUGUUUUCAGUAAACAAACAGCCAAAACUCAAUAAAAGGUUCAAGUUUUAAGAUUAACUUAUUGUCAUGUUGACAGUGUGCAGGAGUAUGUCUGCAAUUUUUGACAACUUGAAACAAUAAAAUAUUCAAUAUUGGG